CUCUCUUCUCUCGCCAGGUUGCCCCGGCCAUCCGUCACCAUUUCUACCACGGGGAGGCAACGCGUCCAGCCCCUCCAGCGGCUGAGCAUUGGCCGGAAAACUUUGAUCGCCGCGGCCAUCGGGGUGGUGAUGAUCUUGAUCCUAGUGAUCCUGAUCCCGGUGCUGGUGAACUCCGUGGGCAUCGACGGGCAUUACGAGAUGCUGGGCACCUGCCGCAUGGUCUGCGACCCUUACCUGGGCAAGACCACCACCAGCGCCAGCAUCCGAACCGAAGGGGCGGAAGGUCUCAGCGGCAGCAGCAACGGCCACUUAAAUCCAAUGACCCCUGAAAACAAAAUUCAAUUCCAAGAAAAUGAAAUGCUCCCCAAAACAUUCCCACUAUCUACUGGCAAACCGGGGCCUCCGGGCCCUCCGGGAGAACCGGGGCCCCCGGGUGCCAUGGGUCCUCCGGGCGAGAAAGGGGACCCAGGGAAGCCCGGGCCCCCCGGAUUGCCCGGUCCGGGGCUGGGCACGGGGGCCAUUAGCACGGCCACCUACACCAUGGUGCCCCGCGUGGCCUUUUAUGCCGGCCUCAAGAACCCGCACGAGGGCUACGAGAUCCUCAAGUUCGACGAUGUGGUGACCAACUUGGGCAACAACUACGACGCCGCCACCGGCAAGUUCACCUGCAACAUCCCGGGCACCUACUUUUUCACCUACCACGUCCUGAUGCGCGGCGGAGACGGCACCAGCAUGUGGGCAGAUCUCUGCAAGAACGGACAGGUGCGAGCCAGCGCCAUUGCACAAGAUGCGGAUCAGAACUAUGACUACGCUAGCAACAGCGUCAUUCUACACCUGGAUGCUGGCGAUGAGGUCUUCAUCAAGCUGGAUGGAGGCAAAGCCCACGGAGGCAAUAACAACAAAUACAGCACCUUUUCAGGCUUCAUCAUCUACUCAGACUGAGGGCUGUGUAACUGCAUUAUUUCCCAGUCCUCCCGGAUUUCUAUACCAGUCAGCAUUACCUGGGGAAUCCACUUCUACCAUCCUCUUUGUGCACAGCCAGUUUCCCCCAUCAAGGUGCAGAAUGAAGUGGUUGUGUCUCUCUUGCUCUUCCCCUAGGGGGCACUGUGGAGGAACACCAGGCAAUUCAAGCCAUUCACCAUUCAGCAUUCCCAUUUCCUUUCCCUCCCUGCAUUUCCAGAGCAUCACCAGUCCUUUUGGGAAAGGAGGCCAAAGGAAGCAAAGAUCUUUACUGAAUGACUUAGGGUGGAGCCUGGGUGUGAUCCAUUUGCUGGCCAUUCUCACACACAUUUCUUUUCUCUAUCUCAUAGGGUUGUUUAGUCUCAGGCUCAAACCAGAAGCACAUAUUCGAAGUCCUGCCCUCAAGUCUCCAUGCUUAACUUUCUAAUUUGGACUUGAGUACUGCAGAUAAGUUGAAAGCUCUGUUUAUGCGUGUCUGUGCCUGCUGCACACAUGCACACACAUGGAUGGUUAAAAUUUUAAAUGUGUAAAAACAGAAGCGUGAAAUUAAUAUUUAAACUUUAAAGUUUUGAAAAUGUCAGUAAAUGACAUCUCCCAAAUUUAGAAUUGAUGUGAAAUAUUAAUUUGGACUCCUCUUUCCUCCAUGAGAUUGUUUCAGAAGUUGCUCCGUGCCGUAAAACUGAGCUAGAGAAUAGUUAUUGUUAAUGUAAUUUCUUUAAACCAAGAUGAACAGCAAAGCAACAACCCCUUAAUUAUCUUGUGGUUCUCUUCCUUAUUUUCUACCUGCUCCAAACUCAGACUGCAACCCGGGUCCCCCCCCCCCCCCCCCCCCGUACACCCACAAUGAACACAAGGACACAACCUUCCAGCUGUUAAUCAGCUGCAAAGCACACUGAUUAAGCUUCACCACAAUUUUUUAAAAAAGAGUUCCACCUCCUCAUUGUGGGCCCAAAUCAUGCUGGCCAAAGGUGUUCUAUGUCCCAAUUAUCCAUUCCCUGCCCAAACAACCUUCAUGGUGCACACAUGCAAACCCAUCCAAUAUAAAUCAUGUUUAGCUCUUUCCCCAGUAAGAGGAGCUGGGUGGUUUUCAGUGCUCAUGCCAAUCAUUCCAUUAUGUAUAUAUGUACAGUACAUGUGAAUAUUCUCCAGAUAAGUCCUAUGAUAUAAAUGCUAUAUCCAUAUCCUUAGCAGGGGCGGAUUUUUAUGACACUUGACAU